UCAAACGGGCGCGGGGCGGUUGGUUGGCGGGUGAAAACAAGAGCGCGAGCUGAGCUGAGCAGAGCUGAGACAGACAUCAAAGAUCCUAAUGGAGUUGAGCGGAGACAAGGCGCUGCAGCAGCUGAAGUACAGCGACCUGCAGCAGCUCGCCAAGCAGUGCGGCGUGAAGGCCAACUUGAAGGCGGAUAAGCUGUGUAAACUCUUGCAAGAUUAUUACAAAAAGCAUCCGAAAGACGUCGCUGAUGUGCAGGCUUCAGAAGAUGAUAAGAGUAUUACACCAGUUUUGGAAAAAGGAGAAGACUCUUAUGUGACUAAACGACGGGGCAAGGGAAGGCUGUCAAAUGAAAGCAAAGAAGGGCAGAAAGAUAAUCAGAAUGAAUCUGGACAUCAGCAGGAAUGUUCUGCCAUUGAGCAGCCUUCACAGGAGGUUUCUCCUCUUUCUGAAAGUUGUCAAAACACAGAGGGGUCAGGCUCCAAAAGGAAACCAAGAAAGCGGCAUGCAGAAUUUGAAGAUUUUGUGGAAACUGGAGAUGAAAGAAGUAAUACUGAGAAUGCUGCUGUGACCCAGUGCAAACCUUUACCAUCAGAAGAAACAACUGCCACAUCCAAAGGAACUGUUGGUCAAUCAAAAACAUUUGUGCAGGGUGGCAAAAUUCCACGUUACAUUGGAGGAGCCAGGAAAACAGGACUAAAGACACCUGUCGGUGGAAAGACUGGACUAAUGCAUGUUACUCCUGACUGGAAGAAGAUUCAUGAAGCAAAUUUCAACAAGAUGGAAUCAAUUGACUUGUAUGUUGAACGGAAAAAAAAACGCCUUGAAGCUAUUGGUAACUGUGUCAAACCAGUGAAGAAAUCACUAAAUGGACCUCAGAGUAUGUCUUUACUCAGCCCAGUGCAACGGACAACAAAAAAUACUCAAUUAACUACACCAGCCAGCCAAUUUAAAUUGCCACGCACCUCUGUUUUCAAACCAUCUGUGCACUCUGUUACCAAAAUGAAUGUUCGGUUUUCAAAGGCUACCAGAGACAAUGAGGAAAAGGAAACUGCAGCAAAAACGCCUGCCAAAAUGUCACCUUGCACAGAAAUAUCCAGUGAUCUUGGGACAGAAGAGAUGAAAAUAAACAAGUCGUCACAACCCAGGACAUCCAAAGACCAAGGAGAUACCAGUACUAUGGAACGUGCCCAGACCAAAGUGGUUACUCCUUACAAGUUCUCUGGCAAUGCUACUCCUGGAUCCAAUAAGAGGUUUGACUUGCAAGCCAGCUUGUCUCAGCCACUUCGAUACAAGCCACACAAAGGAAAAUUAAAACCUUGGGAGGAGGAGAAGGAGAAGAAGGAGAUUGUGGUGGCUCAAAAUCCACAGAAUUCAAGGUUCUCUGUGCAGAAUUAUAAACAACCCAAAUUGCAGACUAGGGAAAAUCGACGGGAGAAGUUUAUAGAAAAGAGGAAAGAGAUAAAGAACCAUGUGAUGGGAACAAGGCGAGGCUUGGUCAUGCAUUGAAAUAAACAAACUCACUGUACUGUUCAUUCUGAUAUUUUUAUGUUUUGGUCACGUAAGAUCUGUUUUGCUUUUUCUUCUGUCUGUAGCACUUCGAGCUUUGUUUGGUUGAUGUCAUUUGUCUUGAACUUUAAUGUAUUUUGUUGUUCAACAUUUCCCAAAGCAGCAUGAGAUGAGGCUGCUUUUCAAUAAUCCCUGUAUACAAAUAACCCCAAUUAGUUGAAGGUAGGAUGUGCUGGAUUCCAUUUACUUAAAAUUUCUAUCAUGCUCCACAAAAUCCUCAGGUCUAGGCUCUAAACUACAGCCCCCAGCAUGGGUAUUACUGUGCAUAUUGUAGCACCUUCCUAUAAUGGGGAUCAAGUAAAUGUUGUAAUGCUACUUACAUGAUCUGUUUGGCUUUAGACAGGAACAUUUGUUUUUCAUGCUGUAAUGCCUUUCCUAAAGGAAACUAACUAAACCAAAUUAUGGUACUUUAUCUCAAUGCUUCCCUCUUGUGUUUAGACUCCAUUCCUACGUAGAAUCUACACAGGAGGCCAAACCCGCUGCUGUGGGAAUUGUGAACUGCAUUUUCUUUUCGGCUAUUUAGCAAUGCCUAGUUUGCUUAAAAGCUCAGUGUAGACUUAAAAUAAUAAGAUUGUAGAGAUAAUGCAGCAGACAUAGCAUCUUCUGGAAGAAAAAAAGAAAGACUAACGAAGUGGAGACAAUACGACUGUUUUGAAGUUUUUUUAGAAUUAAUGCUUUUGAUUUUUUUCAAAAUCUGUGCCUCUUAAUGAAUAUAGUCUAGUAUAUUUGUAUGAAUACAAUGAAAAUUGAUUUAAUAAAAAUAAAAUGUUCUAUACUUAA